UUUUUUACUUGACUAAAAGGAAAUGUAACAUUUUAAUGAGACAUUUAAAAAAUACAUUUUUUAUUUUUGCGUACAAAUGAGCCGCCUGUACUCCAAUAAGUUUCAACUGGCCAUGUCGACUUGGAAUGGCUGAGUUUCGCGUAUUGUACGAUUGAGUCGCCUGCGCUCCCGCGAGUCUCCAAGUAAGCAAAGAAAAACAACAGUUCUAGCGAGAAAUAAUAGUCGAAUCGACAUCAAAAUGAUGAUUUCGACGUCAAAUCGAUGUCGAAUUUAUCAUUUUGAUAUCGAUUCCAUUAUCAUUUCUGGCUGGGAUGUCCAAUAAAGUAAAAUGUUUAGUUUCCAUGAAAUAAAAAGGUUUCAGAAGUUCUAUCAUCGAUUUUUCUGUCAUUCUCUGACUUAUUUAAUAACAUAUUAUAAGUGGGAAAGAUUAUGAUGAUUUAUACCUAGGAAUCACAUUUUCCUAUCGAUUUUUUAUCGAAUUAUAUGCAAGAAAAACAGUCACAAUUUGUUGUCAUAAAAAGACUAUCUUUUGGACGACGAGUUUCUUGUACGAGCCUCAAACAAUUAACCUAAGAUUAAAGUCCGUCUCGCAAAUUUCUGCUAAGAAUGCGAUAAGCAUCGGGAGCAGUUGAUCGUCAACACAAUUACCUGUCGACGAUCUGACAUGUAUGAAUGGGGUGGGUGUAAGCAUAUAAAACGCAACAACGUACUUGCGCGUCGCGGUUGGCCGUACUCCACUCUGCGAUUCACGUUCUGACAAUGUGAAUUCGGUGAAUACGUCAAUAAGUCUGACGACAAAUUCUAACGAUAAGGUUGGCAACGUUUCAUAAAUCAAUUUCGUACAGUGAAGGAACAGCAUCAGCCAGCGAAGAAUUUUCUCGUGAUUUCGUUUCUUGCUAAAGGCUAAAAGGAAUUUAUUAAGUACAACUCGCGUGUACUUAUUUUGUGAAUGCUUCUUCAAAUAUCAUCAGAGAAAUCAUCCUCAUGUCUAGAAAAGACGUACACAUACGAUGGAAUAAUUUUGAGAAACAACAAAUGGCGAAUAUGAACAACAAGUCUACAAACGUGGAAUACGACGUAAAUUCUGAUGAGACGAAUGACAAGUUAGUAAACAGCGAUCUAUACCAAGCAGUAUUUCCGAUUUAUCACCUUAGCAAACUGUCCGGUGUAUUUCCAACGAGAUUCAUCGUACAAGUACCUGGUAGAUAUGAAGGCCGAUUGAGUAUCAUUGAUAGCGUUUACAGUAUGUGUCUACUCAUAUGCCUGAUUGGUGCCGAAAUUUGGGGUUUCUGACGUGAUUUGAGAGAUGGAUGGAAGCACAGCACCCGGCUCAAGUCACAGAAUGCUGUGAUUGUUACCACCAGCGAUAUAGUAGGUGUAAUGAGUCUCACAACCGCUUCUAUCGUUAGUUCAAUUCUAUGCUGGAAACAGGUGCAAACAAUAAUCGAUAAAUUGGUCGACUGCGAUAAAAAGCUAGGAAUUGUCUCGCCAAAGAAGAUCCAGCGAUACACAAUCCUCGUGACGCUGUGCAGCUUAUUUUAUUCCAUCACUAUCUCGUGCCUUGAUAUCUAUACAUGGAAUUAUGAAGUAAAGCUAAAUAAGAAACUGGACGAUAAAGGUCCGAUCAAUUACGUUCCAUUGUACUUCAUGUAUAUCGUCAUUAUGAUGAUGGAAGUUCAAUACGCCGUUGUUACAUACAAUGUGUGCGAGAGAUUCUGCAGACUCAACAAGAAUCUUGAGAAUAUCCUUAAUUGUGGCAGAAUCACAAAUCAAUUCAGGAAAGAUCUUGGAUUAGCUGGUGACCUUCAUGAUCAAGGGCAACUCACUACAUAUAUUCGACAAGACAUGGGAAAUGUUCGAAUGUUUCGAAAAUCAAAAAUCAUGGAUUCUUCUAUCACAAAUGCAAAUGUUUGGAAACAAUUUGAUACCAUCUCGCAUUAUAAAGAUGCACAUGAAAAAAGUUUCACGGACACCAUAUCCCAAUUAAUGAUGGUUCAUGCAUCAUUAUGUGAUACGGUGACACUCAUAAACGCUGCUUAUGGUGUCAUUGUGCUUGUGAUUACAAUCACUUGCCUGAUACAUUUAAUCAUCACCCCAUACUUUUUAAUUAUGGAAGCCGAUGGAAGACGUGAACCAUUAUUCCUCGCGGUACAAGGACUAUGGUGCACCUUUCAUACUUGGAGAUUACUCAUGAUCGUGCAACCUACAUAUGCUGCUACGACACAGGGAAAAAAAACAGCAGUUAUGGUCAGUCAAUUGCUAUCGAUGAGCUCCAACAAAGAAGGCAGAAAACAACUAGAGAUAUUUUCGCUCCAGCUCUUACACCGUCCUUUAGAGUUUUCAGCGUGCGGACUUUUUACUCUGGAUCGAACUCUUGUAACUUCAAUCGCCGGUGCUGUUACAACGUAUCUUGUAAUACUUAUACAGUUCCAAAAAGAUGACGAUACGAAAGGCAAUUUCGACAACAUCGACAACAUUUUAAAAAACGCCACGCAAAUGUUAAAGAACGCUUCAACAAUUCAUAAUCUCACGGCAGGGAGAUUAGGCUUAAAUUAGAGCAAAUCCAAGAUAACAGAAUUCUUUUUUUGAUUUCCCAAAUUAUGAAAUAAAUUCCUGUUCCGUCUCAUUUCUAUUUUAAAAGCAUUCUUAAAGGAUGCUAAACCAAACUUCAUCGAGAAAAACAUCAUCGUCUAGACGAAACUAUGUAA